CAGACGCGCCUUGUUCCACGCUGACGCCUACAAGGCUGAGAGGCACUGGCUCAUACAUUUAUUAUCUAGCCACAACACUGUCAACCGUUGAACGAUGAAGUGCGCGAAUUUUACGUGUUCGAAUAUAUGAUGCUUUCCUCGGUCACAGAUUCAUCCCAGCACAUACAUAACUAUUUAUUAUAUACAGUGUGGAAAAAGUUUAUAUAGUUUAAUUUAUUUAUUGCAGAGUGUAAAUAUAAUGACCAGUUUGCAUUUAAGUGGGAUGUCAUGUUAAACAAGGUAGAAAAAUAAAAAUAGAAUUUUAACAACAACGUAUCAAAUGAAGACGUUUUAUAGUCGAGAUUGUUUUUCUUUUAUGUCUCUCUGUUCAGAGUUUGAUUUAUAAGUACCAGAGAAUAAGUGAUUGCCAUACAACCGAGCAACAGUUUAUGAUGACGAUUUACACAGAAACGGUUCAAAUUGUGCACCUGCGUGGAAUGUUAAAUCUUGCUUGUUCUAAUCUUGUUAAAUCAUUAAAACCUGUAACGUGUUUGAAGUGACGUCAGUCGUAUGCUUUAAAUAGUGGUUUAUACAAAACAAGGCUGAAAGCAUUACAAUAAACUGUAAGAGACUGACGGUUUAAGCAAAACAAGAUUAGAUACGAACGAGGAAAAAUUAACGAGUUAUUUUCGCAUGUAGAGCGCGACGCUAUAAUUGAAAACACCGCGUUUGACAUUAAAACUGUGAGAUGUAAUAAUGUUUUGCGCGAGUUAUGUAUUCACCUUCAACGAAUGGGAACUCCAGACUAAUUAUUCCUCUUUGUUACAUAUUGGUACAAUUCUCGCGCGACACGCGCAUUUAACGCGUUGAAUGAAUGCCCAAAACUACAAUGCUCGGUCCGAACGCAGCUUGCAGUCGCCUCUUCUUGGCGCUCUUAAUUUUAACUCUGAGCUACUUUGUGUACAUGAACUAUCUCCUCUUCGUCAGAGUCCGCGACUUCGCAAUUCACCGAGAUUUGGACGCGAUCCCAGCUGAUCCCUCCUACUACAACUCGUACAUAUCCUGCGACGUAAAUCCGAUCUGUGACGUAACGGUGAAGAGUUUGAUGCUCGACAAUCCGAAUCACUACUUGCUGAGUCCUCUGGCCGUGAUCGUUGACCGCGUGUUAAAGAUCAGUGAUCAAUCUUGGAUAUCACCAAACAAAAUCAGCGCUUUCCAUGUGCUGGUGGCGAUCGCUGCAGGAAAAUGUGUGUCGAGUGACUCUCUCUCUCAACGCCGGUUUGGUGUUGUUCUAUUUAUGGUAAGAUCGUGGCUAGACGACCUCGACGGACACGUGGCGAGGCGGAGGAAGAACAUCCGAGGCGAGUAUUCGGAGGUUGGGAGCAACGGUUACUGGGUCGAUGGGAUCUGCGACUCGCUAGGGGUAUUAAGCCUCAUCAUCGGGGUGUAUUACUUCAUCAGAGUCAACCCCCCGAGGCGCAGCUACGAGAAGCUGCUUCCGGUCAUCGAGUCAAAGGAAUUGGGGUCCGGAAUGCUGUACAAAAAGAAGUCGCCUCUGGGGCGAGCGGCGCCGAAGGUGCUGCUUCUCUUCGUUGGUCAGCUGUUGCUCAGUAGCGCCGGAUGGAACCGGUACAUCGCCCUGUAUCAGGACCUGCUCGAAGGGCAGUCGUCGCAAGGACAUCAGAACAGCGUUACCGGAUCCUCGUUUCUGUUCACUCAGGAGGACAUUCAGCUGACGGUUUUCCGAAGCGGCCCCUUUUGGGCGAUCACUUUGUCCUGGACCCUUGUCAAUGUUCAUGCCCUGACGGAUUACCUCCUCCUGGCCAUAUUUACCGACCGUCUCUGGGAAUACGUCAGCUCCAUUCGGUACCUGGGUUAUGUGGUUUUGUUCACCGUAUUGGGACUCACGGAGUAUCAUUACAGGAACCUUUAUCAGGAGUUUUUCAACUCCGCGACGUCGGCCUACCUAAAAAGCGGGCAAUCUUUGACGCCUGUUGAGAAUAUCAGUUACAGACUCACUUGACACCAGUCAGACGGAACGAUCACGUCACCUAAUUGUUCCAGGAAAUCUUCGAGCGACAAGUUUUAUGCACAGCAUUCCUAGGAUUUGAUUUAUCUUUUGAACGAACUUCGGUACUUUGUUUAACAACUCAAGUGCCCUAUUUUAAACUAGUCUACGAUGCCCGUUAUAAAUAUUGUAUCAUUCUUGUUGCAGAAAAUAUUGUAUAGAUCUUAACAGCAAAAUAUUGAUUGUGACAAAGGAAUUUGAUUACAUACACUUAUGUAUGGGAUCUAUUCAAUAUUUUAUUCAUCAAAAACAUUUUUAGUUUAAAUACAACAAUUUUCACAGUCUAUACUGCAGUGUAUAUGGAAGUUACAUAAUUUUCAUGGAUUUAUUAUCGUUUGCUCAACAGUUAAGAAACUGCAGUUACCUACCUACUUCUGAUAUCGCGACCAAAAAAAAAAAUACCACAAAGAAUGUGAUACCGACUUUAUAGCUAUACAAGUUGUGGUUUAUAACGAACGCUACGUUUCAGUUCUGUAUAGGACAUUCUCCCAAAUUUAGCCUCUUUUUCUUGGACGUUUAUGAAUUGCAAUAUUUUAACGCUACUCUAAAGUAGCUUUAUGAAUUUUUCCAGAUUUUUAUAUCAAUUCUUUUGGGAGAUGAAUUUUUUUUUGUACAAUUCGCAUAACAUGGUUUUAGUAGGUCUGGUAAUAAAUUUGAUAGUAGGAAAAAAAAUAAUUUUUUGCACCGAAUUGUGCAAUGCAAUGGAAAAAAAUAAGACUAAUAUUUUUACCCUUAUUGUGAGGACGGUUUUGAGAAAAAAUGAUUGCAAUGAAUUUGUUUUACCUAAUGAGCUACCUUUGAUAUACUUUUUAAUUUCAUAUAAAGUACAAUAAAAACAAAUCAAAGAGAAAAAUCGACAUAGGGGGAAUCGGUCAUUAAUGAAUUUUUUAUUUUGUUCGAUAGUCUGAUAUAAUUUUGUGCUUAGACUUCCGGCAAAAUAUUUCCAACACCAUUCAAUAGCUGAUGCUCACCUUGCUGAUUUUUUUGUAGGUUUUUUUUUAUGUAUCCCUGUAGAUGACCCGUAUUGCAUAAAUGCAUAAAUGUUAUACCACAUAUGGAAAGAAAAAUAUUCUAGAUCUUACGUAUCCCGUGGUGAAUGUAUGGACAGCACUUUUUUGGAGUUAAAUCUGCAGCAAUUGUAGCAAGAUUUACAAAUCCGGUAACAAGAGUUACAAAAGCAUAGUAAGAAUUACAAUAUGCUUGGGUAGAUCUAUCACAAUUAAUGUAGAUUUGAUUCCAGAAGUGCGUAAGUGCUGACCAUAUGUUCACCGCACGGAUGUAAGAUCUGCAUUAGACUUUUUCCAUAGGGAAAG